CGGGAUAUGUAGUCUUCUUUAGCCACAAUGGCCAGUGUCCAAACUCCUGCUGUGAUUCUACACAGCAGAGAUGGUAUGUGGCCUCCAGUUCCUCCAUGGACACAACAUCGUCCACAGAGAUCUAAAGCCGCUCAAUAUCUUGUUGGAUGCAGUUGGCCACAUCCGUAUCAUCAACCUCAGGCUGGCCCAGGAUGGUGUCACUGCCUCCAAUAAGAUCCGUGGAGUGACAGGAACCUUCCAUUACAUGGCCCCUGAGAUACUUCUUAGAAAAAGAUACAGCACAGCAGUUGACUGGUGGAGCCUGGGGAUUGUGUUGUCCAGGAUGGCAUCAGGACACCACCCAUUUUACCACGGCCCCUUCCGGAAAAUGGCUCGCAUAGCCAUUACCACCAAAGAGCCAGAUAUUCCAACUUGGCUUGAUGAUGGCAUGCAACAUCUCAUCAGAAAACUGCUGUGCAAGAAUCCUAAGAAGCGUCUGGGUGUGCGCGGAAAUAUCAGACAGCAUCCAUUGUUUUCCACCAUCGGCUGGCAGGAACUGAAGGAGAGGAGGGCACGGCCACCAUUUACACCAUUUCAGCCAGUUCUGGAGAAACAACAUCUGCAUUGGCCAAAGGAUAAAAAAGCCCUUCACCCCGUGGCCCAAUUUAGCUAUAUGUCACCAAGCUGGGCCUGGUGGAUGAGGAAAUCUGGGCUGUGAAGAAAUCCACAACCAUCUGAAACAGCUUGUGCCGAAUGCCCAGAACUCUGAGCCUCCUAAGUCCUGACCCAUGCCUCAUAUCUCUGCUGAUGUAUGUCUCCUCGGCUGCCCUAGAACAUCAUUUCUCUCCAUAACACCAUCAUGCCUCUCCAUUGUCAUCUUGCUGCAGCCCUAGGCCCUUGAGCUGGCAUCCGCCAAUCCCAGGCUGGCAUCUGACACCACUACAGC